AUGGAUAUGAUUUCUUCGCCGACAACUGACGAAACUGUUCGUGCAGAGCAGCCCAAAGACUCGCUUCUCAACAAAUCGGCUUCGGGUGCGACUAUACUGGUUCUGGGCCAAGUUUUCAGCAGACUCUCCACAUUCACCUUGAACCAGCUGGUGAUCCGGUUUGUUUCUCCGAGUGCUUUGGGUGUCACCAGUUAUAUCGAGUUUCUCGUGAGCUCAAUUCUAUUUUUCAGCAGAGAAGGUAUCCGUUUAUCGUGUCAAAGGCUGAAAGAGGCCAAAAUCACUCCGGGCGAGGCGCCUACAAAAGGCCACAGUCUCCAGAAGGAUGCAGAAGAUGUCACUAUACUGUCGAUAAUCAAUUUCUCGCUCAUUCCCGUUCUUUUAGGAGCUCCGGUGACGUUCCUGGUGUUGUAUACGCAGCUAUUACAUCAUGCGGACGAGGCUAUUGCCAGCUUACCCCAUUUGCGGUUGGAGGUGAUGAUCAUAGCUUUAGCGGUGGCUCUGGAGCUUCUGUCUGAACCUCUUUACAACGUGAAUCAGUAUGAACUGAACCUAAAGAGACGAACAAAGGUAGAGAGCAUUGCUGCAUCUUCGCGAUGUGUUGUUCAGUUUCUAUCCACUUCGCUGUUUUUCAAGCUUUCUGAGAGUGACAUAGUCGCGGAUGACAAACUGGUGGUCGCAUACUGCCUGGGCCAACUGGCCUAUUCGGCCUCUGUUUUUGGUCUUUAUUUCUUUUCUGACUUAAAACCGAAGGUGAAGUAUGCUUUGUUUAAGCUCUCUUCGGCGACUGGAGGCUACUACUUCAAUACGACUGUUCUAUCAUACUGGAAAUCCAUAUUCUUCCAGCUCGUCCUCAAACACAUGCUCACAGAAGGUGAUCGCUUUCUUAUUAACAAACUGUGCUCAACAGAGGAGCAAGGAAUUUUUGCAUUAAUUAACAACUACGGAUCUCUGAUCGCAAGAAUGUUGUUUUCUCCCAUCGAGGAGUCUAUUAGGAUGUUCCUGACAAAGAUUUCAUCCUCAUCCUCACUCACCAGAGAUCAGCGCAAUACGCUGGUCAACUUUUUGAGCCUUCUUUUCAAGUUCUACAUCUAUCUCUGCAUUAUCAUUUGUGUGUUUGCACCUCCAAACAUAAAAUACCUAUUGGAAAUUGUCAUUGGCCGCGGCUGGUCCAAGAACGAUGAAAGCUCCAGAUUGCUCUUUUCUGCAUUCAAAACAUACUGGUUAUACAUUCCUUUUCUGUGUGUUAACGGAAUAAUGGAGGCCAUAUUCUAUUCUCUUGCAUUUGACCCUAGUGAGAUUUCCAGAUACUCUAGAAUUAUGGGGGCCUGUUCGCUCCUAUUUUUCGGAUCAUCUACCCUGUUUAUCAGAUACUUCAACCUGUCCGUCUCAGGUCUUGUUUUAGCAAACAUGAUCAGCAUGACUCCAAGAAUUGUUUAUUGCUGGUCGUUCGUGAAUGCGAUGUAUAGAAAUGACAAUAAAGGUUUAUGGUCAUCCGUCAUGUUGCGGGGAUAUGCUUUCUUGCUCCCCGUGUCUGUAUCGAUAUGGGCCAUACAGACAUUUUCUCUCGGAGAUACUUCGUCCUUUACUGGACUUCUGCUGAGUGGGGCACUCGGCUUUGUGUUCCUCGUGUCAGGUUGUUUGAUAGAAAGAGAUUUCAUUCGGCGCAAAGUGGGGAUGUUUCUGAAAACGAAAUCGCAAUGA